AUGGAGGGUUUCGCGACUGGAAAACGAGGGGGAGACACCUGGGGUCGAUUUUCCUCGGCUUUUAAGCCUCCGACGAGGUUGUUGUCAUCAAUCAAGGGGGUCAUCGAUCUAGGUUACAUCUCCACACCACCGCCGGAUCCUCUAGCCACAGAUCUGAACAUAUCUGAAGGGUUCUACAAGAACGAUGUUGAAAUGGUGAAGUUUGUGGCUCGAUUUUCCAUCGUCUUCGCCUUCUCCAACGACGGCUAUGAGCUUCGAGAUACAGACACAAUGACGUUAGGGUAG